AUGGCAGCUUGUCUUGAUGACAAAUUCGAAAGUUUAGAAGCCGUUCUUGCCGAAUAUCUACCGGAAGAUGCUUUGAAGAAAGUCAGUCUAUCGCUUCGUGGACCUGGUGCAGUAGAUUUAGAAUUACCAGCUAGUGCAAAAGAAACAGCCAAACAAAAUAAUUUUGAUCUUCAAGGUUAUCAAAUCAAAAUAGCACAGAAGGAGCAAACACGACCAGAACGAUUGGUUCGAAUCGGUGCCAUCCAAAAUGCAAUUCCAAAACCAACAACUACUCCUGUUCAAGAACAGAGAGAUGCGAUUCAUCAACGUAUCGAUCGAAUGCUUGCUGUUGCUCACGAAUGUCAAGUGAAUGUGAUUUGCAUGCAAGAAGCGUGGACUAUGCCAUUUGCCUUUUGUACACGGGAAAAAUAUCCAUGGGUUGAAUUUGCCGAGUCAGCGUAUGAUGGACCAACGACAAAGUUUCUUGCCGAAAGAGCAAAGAAGUAUAAUAUGGUCAUUGUUAGUCCGAUCUUAGAACGUGACGAACAACACGGUGAUGUGAUUUGGAAUACCGCAGUGAUUAUUUCAAAUCAUGGUAAUGUUAUUGGUAUUACGAGAAAAAAUCAUAUUCCACGAGUUGGUGAUUUCAAUGAAUCUACUUAUUAUAUGGAGGGAAAUACGGGUCAUAAAGUAUUUGAGACUGAUUUCGGUCGUAUUGCCGUCAAUAUUUGUUACGGACGUCAUCAUCCGCAAAACUGGCUUAUGUAUGGUGUCAACGGCGCAGAAAUUGUGUUCAAUCCAAGUGCAACUGUUGGAGCACUAAGUGAACCAUUAUGGAGUAUUGAAGCACGCAAUGCAGCUAUUGCAAACAGCUAUUUUGCAGUUGGCAUCAAUCGAGUUGGUACUGAGACGUUUCCUAAUGAAUUUACUAGUGGUGACGGCAAACCAGCGCACAAAAGUUUUGGACAUUUUUACGGAAGCAGUUACAUAGCGGCACCUGAUGGUAGUCGAACACCUGGAUUAUCUCGAAUCCGUGAUGGUCUUUUAGUUGGCGAAUGCGAUUUGAACUUAUGCCGACAAAUGAAAGAUAAAUGGGGUUUUCGAAUGACACAGCGUUUAGAUUUGUAUGCUGAUAGUUUUGCUCGAGCAAUUCGGCCAGAUUAUAAAAUGGAUAUUGUUAAAGAUCCAAACAUGAAACAACAAUAA